AUGAUCAGCUACCGGGCCAUAUUCGGGCCCAACAGCUGUGGUGUCAUUCAAGGCAAAGGUACAACGUGUAACUCAGAAGUACCUAAAUUGGUGAAUGUCUACUUUGUCAAAGGAUUAAAGGCUAACUUGAUCAGCGUGAGUCAACUGUGUGAUGACGGACUUACGGUGUGCUUCUCAGCAAUUGAUUGCCGUGCCAUAAAUCAACAUGGUGUAACAGUGUUACAAGGUGUGAGAUCUGGCAAUAACUGUUACAUGUGGGAAAAGAAGGUUAAGUGCUUGUCAGCUCAAGGGAAUAUUGAUCUAUGGCAUAGACGUUUGGGACAUAUGAACUUCAGGAAUCUAACGAAUCUAGUAUGCAACGACUUGGUUCAAGGAGUACCCAAACUCAAGAUCGAUGACAAGAUUGUAUGUGGUGCAUGUAAUGAGGGAAAGCAAGUCAAGAUACAACACAAGAGGGUACCGGAUGUUCAGGCAAAGGCACCAUUGGAUCUAGUUCACAUGGAUCUCAUGGGUCCUAUGCAAACCGAGAGUAUCGGAGGAAAGAAGUAUGUGUUUGUACUAGUAGAUGACUACACCAGGUUCACUUGGGUUCGUUUUCUCAGGAAAAAGUCAGAAGUGUCUGAGAGUUUCAAAAUCUGGGCGCUUCAACUCAUGAAUGAAAAGGGAAGAAUCAGGAAGAUACGCAGUGAUCAUGGAGGUGAAUUCGAGAAUGAAGCCAUGACUACCUUUCUUGAAUCAAGAGGAAUAGCUCACCAGUUUGCAGCACCUUGGACACCUCAGCAGAAUGGAGUGGUUGAACGAAAGAAUAGAACUCUACAGGAAAUGGGAAGAGCAAUGCUUCAUGGUAACAAGAUAGCCAAGAGGUUCUGGGCUGAAGCACUCAUCACGGCAUGUUACACAAUCAAACGUGUGUAUGUCAGAAAAGGGACAACAAAGACACUGUAUGAGAUGUGGACAGGUGAUGACUUGGGAUCAAAUGAAGAGGAAGAAGGUGGAUCAUCUGUAGCUACUACUGAAGUCAUUGAGGAAGGUCCUAUCGCAGAUACCGUACCUCAACCAGUGGUUCAGCAAGUUCAUCGCAAUCAUUCGAAGUCUGAUGUGAAUAGAGGGAUUGAAGAAGGACGAAAAACGCGUGGAAAGGUGAUUAACUUUAAAGAAAUGGUGCAGUUCGCAUGUUUCGUCUCAUCAAUAGAACCUAAGACACACACUGAAGCACUACGUGAUGAAUAUUGGAUUGUCGCAAUGGAGGAAGAACUUGAGCAGUUCACCAGGAACGAUGUGUGGGAACUUGUUGCUAGACCUAAAGGAGUAAAUGUGGUUGGCACUAAAUGGAUUUUCAAGAACAAGACUGAUGAGCAUGGAGAAGUAGUUCGUAACAAGGCAAGGCUUGUAGCUCAAGGAUACUCACAGAUUGAAGGAGUAGACUUUGAAGAAACCUUUGCCCCAGUUGCAAGAUUGGAAUCCAUUCGGUUGUUUCUGGGAAUGGCGUGCAUUCUGAACUUCAAAGUGCAUCAAAUUGAUGUGAAAAGUGAUUUCCUCAAUGGAGUACUUCAGGAGGAAGUUUAUGUUGAGCAGCCAAAGGGAUUUGAGGACCCAGUGCAUCAUGACUAUGUGUACCGACUCAAGAAAGCACUAUAUGGGUUGAAGCAAGCACCGCGUGCAUGGUAUGAACGACUCACAAAGUUUCUGUUAGAAGCGGAGUACAUCAGAGGGAGUAUAGACAAGACACUAUUCUUCAAGGAAGUUGAAAAAGAUAUAAUCAUUGUUCAAAUCUAUGUGGAUGACAUUAUCUUUGGAAGCACGUCACAGAAGCUGUACUUUCUUGGACUUCAAGUGUCUCAGUCAGAGAAACGUGUCUUCAUCUCUCAGAGUGCAUACGCUAACAGUUUGGUAAAGCGAUUUGGUAUGGAGAACUCCAAAGUUUCUAAGACACCCAUGAAUACAUCACUGAAGCUUGCACGAGAUGAAGCAGGAGAAGAUGUGGAUGUCAAGCUCUAUCGAGAGAGUAGUGCAGGUGCUGAUUCGGGAUGUACAUAUGAUUCAGAUUGGUUUUGGAACCCGAAAACGCUGUGGAAAAGAGCUGCUUGA